GGUGACAGUAAUCAAUUUGUUUUGUUCGAUGAAGAUAUCGACAAAGGUUUUCCCCGACAGAUACCUACUAAAAAUGAAAUAUAUCGCUUAAUUUAUUUAUACUACCGUUUUUAAAUUAAUACGAGGUAUAAGAAAAUAAAAAUUUAACGGAAUAUGCAUUUGUGAACUGUAUAACUUUUUGUGUGCAAUAACAUACUAAAGACAAAAGUAAUAUAAUAUUUAUUAAAAACAUUAAUUUAAUGACUAUAUUUUAAUUGUUGGUACCAAUUCAUUUGGGUUUGUAUAAGAAUUGUUUAUUAUUUUGCAAUUUAUUAAAAGACCGACAAGAUGAUGGAAGAUAUGCAAGAAGAGAUCCAAUUUGUGGUUGAUGAUGUAAGCAAAAUUAUUAAAGAAGCAAUCGAAGUAUCCAUUGGUGGAAAUACUUAUCAACAUAAUAAAGUAAAUCAAUGGGCAUCAAAUGUUGUUGAAGGAUGCUUGGGUAAUCUGACAAAACUUCAGAAACCAUACAAAUAUAUUGUUACCUGUACUAUUAUGCAGAAGAAUGGAGCAGGAUUGCAUACAGCAAGCUCAUGUUUUUGGGAUAAUGCUACUGAUGGAAGUUGUACAGUACGUUGGGAAAACAAGACCAUGUAUUGUAUUGUUUCCGUAUUUGGCUUGGCAAUUUAAUUGAUAUUAGUGUAUUAACAGCUUCUGACAAAUAUUAAAGAAAAGUACCAAACUUCUGUUUAA